GCGAAGGCCUCAGCUUCUCACCUGGACAUCGAAGAGUUCCUGUGAACCACAGUCGCGCCGUCUUUGCAGCAAAUCUCACGAAGGCUGUAGCACGCGCAGGCGACCAUGGCGGCGAUGGACGGCGGACUCGCGCCCUCUGCGUCGCUAGCCUCUUUGAAUGGGUUCUCAGGUCAUGGCGACGCGUCUGGGUCGAGUGCCGAUUUCGAGCUUGGCCUUCUGCGAGCAUACCUAACCGCAUUACUACCGCCACUACUCAAUGCCGACAUUGUCGCGCUGAACAAGGGCAUCUUCAGCGAGAAAGCGGGUUGGACGCAAGCCGCAGCGCAGUUUGCGCGAGAUCCCUCGAUACCCGUGGUCUACAUCAAUCAAAUCAGGCAGAGCAUUGUAGAACAGGACGAAAGGGAAGAUGAUCCGUACACAUACAACAUCACGUCAACUGUGUCCUACUCGCCUCAGCACGUUGCGAGCAUCGCGCUCAUCAAGCGCGUACCCACGCUCGAGGCGGACGUACCACUAUCACAACAGCUGCAUCUACUGUCGUUGUUCGGACCAGCUAGCUCUCUGGGCCUUCCGGGGACAGGGCAAGGGACGAAAGGCUCUGGAGCAGGCGCGGGGACCAAUGGCCGGGCCGACACCUCCGCGCAAGGCGCGAUGAUCCUUCGAGAGACACCUUAUGAGGCCCUACACAGUGUUGUGCAUCAUGUCAUGGCCCCGUGGUUCGAUGCAUACGUCAGCAGCAAGAGCAUCCCAACCGCUACAGGCGGAGACGGCUUGGCAGUCGCAGCAAAGGGGGGCAAGGAGAAUGACGCGCGGCUAGGGAUUCCGAUGACCAAGAAAAAGUUCGCAGAACUCGAGCUGUCGCUUCUGCACCUUCAGCAGAAUGUCGAGAUUCCAGAAAUCCAGCUUGGUGUUCACCCUGUUGUUAGGCAGACCGUGGAGAGAUGCCAAGCAGAGGAGCGGAGGAUCACUGUCGAUGCGGUCGAACCACAGUCAAUCCUUCAGGACAGCUUGUUCCUGAAUCGGUUGCAGGCGGACGUCAAUGCAUGGGUCAAGGAGAUUCAAACAGUAACGAAGCUGGAUCGCGACCCUGCCUCCGGCACGGCUUCACAAGAGAUCAACUUCUGGCUGUCGAUGGAAAAGGCGCAAGAGCAGAUCGAAGGCCAGCUUCGGUCAGAGCCUGUCGUGCUGACCCUCGAUAUCUUGCGAUAUGCUAAGCGAUUUCAUGCGACCACAUCAUUCCUUGCCGACACGGGUCUCAAAGACUGCUCAGAACGGACGCACGGCUUCAACUUGCUCAUGCGCGAUUUCCCCAUCAAUGAUCUGCUCUCCGCUACAGACCUGGAUCGAUGUGCGGACUCGCUCUUAUCUGUUUUCGCGCACCUGAACAAGAAACUGCGCAUCAGCCCUUAUCCUGUCAAGAAAGCACUCGCGCUUGUGGACGCCAUCAGCAGGGAUCUAAACGACACCAUGGUCAAGGUCUUGGGUCCCAUGCGGAUCAUGUAUCAAGAGUAUGACCGCUUCUAUGCGACUCUCGAAGCAACUUCGCGGGUGUUUGCAGCUUGGGAUGAUGGCGCAAAAGAGUUCGUCUCGACGGGUCGUGAUGUCAUCAAGAAGCGCGCAGAGAAGUUCUUACCGAUCAAGGUAAACCCUGUGCACCUGAAGCUUAGAGAACGACUGAGCUAUCUCGCCACCUUCCGAAAAACGCACGAGCAGCUACGCGCCAUGGUAUCUUCUGGCAAGGCCAUGACGCUUGCAUCGACCGCUAUCAGCGCAGAAAAGCAGCAGCAAACGCUGGCAGGCAUUGAGAUGACGGAAGAGAUCCGCGCGGCGUACGACUCGGUCAAAGUCAUCGAUGUUCUUGACGUCAGUCAGGAAGGUACGGAGAUCUGGGGCACGGCGGAGCUGGCAUAUAAUGAGAGGGUCGCACGGGUUGAGAACAGCUUGAUUGCACGCUUGCGAGAUCUGCUUGGGCAGGCGAAGACGGCACGGGACAUGCUGCGCGUGCUCUCACAAUUCAACACACUUUUCGUGCGCCCCAAAGUGCGCGGUGCUGUCCAAGAAUACCAGCAGCAGCUCCUGCACAGCGUCAAGGCCGAUAUCCAAGGUCUGCAUGACAAAUUCAAGGCGCAAUACCAGCAUUCCGAGGCCAAUCACAUGAGCCAGCUGCGGGAUCUACCUAGCAUCGCAGGUGCGAUCAUCUGGACGCGCCAAAUCGAACGCCAGCUCAACAUAUACAUGCGCAGAGUCGAAGAUGUGCUGGGAAGAGGGUGGGAGCAGUACGCCGAGGGCCAGAAGCUCAAGAACGAGAGUGAUGGGUUCAGGCGGAAGCUCGACCCCACGCCGUUGCUGCAGUCUUGGCUCAAAGAGAUUCAACGACGAGACCUGAACGUCACAGGACGCAUGUUUGCUGUGCUAUAUACUCGGGCGACCGGCAAGUACCAGCUGGCGGUCAAUUUUGAUUCGCAAGUCAUCACUCUCUUCAAGGAGGUCCGCAAUUUGCUGUGGAUCAACUUGCCAACACCUACCAUUCCUUAUGCCAUUAACAACGUUGCUCGAGAGGCGAGGCGAAUCUAUCCGCACGCAGUCUCGCUCAUGGAGACGGUCAGGACUUACAAUCAGACGAAUAGCCUCGUUUCUCCUCAGCCAAAGAUUGUGCCGCUACUCGCGGCUCUCCGGACCGAGGUCAACAGCUUGAUCUCUAAAGGGAUGUCCAUCCGCUGGGAGACGCUAAAGACAUUUGAUCUCAACCGCACUGCCAAUUAUCUGCCUGGCUCCGGCGCAACCGACAAAAUGGAUCACAAGACUGUCGCUUUCGUUCGCCAGCUUGCUAGCUCUGUCAGCCUCUACCAGGACAAGGCGAACGAUCUCAUUGCAAUGCAGAACGAGAUGCAGGGACUCGUAGAUGAGCUAGCUGCCUGCCCUUUCUCGUUCGACGAAUUCUCGCAACGGCUGUCCAAGAUGCAGCAGACAGUGGACCGACUCAACCUCGAAGGGUACCCAAACUUGGAGGAAUGGGUCGCCGACUUAGAUGCCGCUGUCGAGAAUGCACUCAUUGAGAGGCUGCGGACGAUCAUCGCGCUUUGGUGUAGCGAAUUCGCCAAAGAACGCCGUAGUGGAGACAGCGGGCUUCUCAGAGAUGUGACCAAUACGGUCGGUAGACGAGGGAAAGAGCGGGUCAUGGUGACAAAGGGAUCUGCCGCAUCUCGCGAUCAAGUCGAUCUGGCAACCGUGACGCAUGAAGUCCGUCUGCAAAACCAUGUCAUCUACCUGGAGCCGCCGUUGGAGCAAGCCCGAUCAGAUUGGUUCAGGCAGCUACAUGCGGUUCUGUCCAAAGUAUGCGCCCUUCAGCGUGUGCAAAGCGCGCGUUAUGAGCUUGGUUUCCAGCUUUCGGAAGGGCGACACAAGGACGUCACCUUCACGUCGCUUCUGACCAAGCUUCCUCAGGGUACCCUCGAACGCCCUGUGGCACUCAUCGAGUCAAAGAUCGCCGAGCUCACACAAUACGUCGGCAAAUGGCUCCAGUUUCAGUCGCUCUGGGAUUUGGAAGCAGAGCGUGUUUUCGACAGCCUCGGUGAAUCUCUACCCAAAUGGCAGCAGCUCCUGGCCGAGAUUCGCAAAACGCGCGCUACUUUUGACAAUUCUGAAUCCCAGCGCUCUUUCGGCAUUGCUGUGAUCGACUAUGAACAAGUUCAGAGCCGUGUCAACGCCAAGUACGAUGCAUGGCAGAAAGACAUUCUCAACAAAUUCGGCUCUAAACUCCGAAGUGCCAUGAGCGAAAUGUACGCGAUCGUCUCUAAAGCGCGCACAGACUUGGAACAACAUAGCAUUGAAAGCAGCUCGACCGCAGCGACUGUGACCUUCAUCACCUUUGUGCAAGACCUUAAGCGCAGUGUCAAGAAGUGGGCACCCCAGAUGGAGAUCUUUAGCACAGGUCAAAAGACGCUUGAGCGGCAACGGUACAUGUUCCCUGCGGAUUGGCUAUAUGUCGACCAGGUAGAGGGGGAAUGGAGCGCAUUCAACGAGAUUCUGAAGCGCAAGAAUGCCAGCAUUCAGGAGCAGCUGGCCGGCCUUCAGCUGAAGAUCACUGCGGAGGACAAAAUCCUUGAAGAGAAGAUAACCACGCUGGUUGCCGAGUGGGAACGACAAAAGCCGAUCCAGGGCAACCUGAAAGCUGAUGCCGCCAUGUCGACCAUCUCAUCUUUUGAGACACGGCUACAAAGGCUCAGUGACGAACGUGACUUGAUCGCGCGAGCUAAGGAAGCAUUAGACCUGGAGCACAAGGCCGAUGACCGCCUGGAGCCCAUCUCCGAGGAGCUGCGCGACUUGAAAGGCGUCUGGACCGCUUUGUCUGGUACGUGGAGCCAGAUCUCUGAGCUUCGCGACAUCCAGUGGCACAACGUGCAACCCAGAAAGAUUCGGCAACAGCUGGAUGCCUUGCUCAAUCAGACAAAAGAGCUGCCAAGUCGCAUGCGACAGUAUGCCGCAUUUGAGCAUGUGCAGGAUGUGCUGAGGACUCUGCUCAAGUGUAACAUUCUCGUUUCUGAUCUCAAGUCAGAGGCGAUGCGCGAAAGGCACUGGAGGUCGCUCUACAAGCAGCUCAAGGUUCAGGCUCACUACACGCCUUCGACAAUGACGCUCGGCACAGUCUGGGACCUCGAUCUCAAGAAGCAUGAAAACACAGUAAAGGCGGUGCUUGCGACUGCGCAAGGCGAACUUGCCUUGGAAGAAUAUCUCAAGCAAGUCCGUGAAACAUGGACCAACUUCACGCUGGAGUUGGUCAACUAUCAAAACAAAUGUCGUCUAAUUAAGGGCUGGGACAAUCUGUUCCAAUUGGCUGGUGACAAUUUGAAUGCUCUUCGAGCAAUGUCCAUGUCCCCGCACUACAAGGUCUUCGAAGAAGAGGCGAGCCUAUGGGAAGAGCGUUUGUCCAAGAUCUCGGUCCUGUUCGAUACCUGGAUCGAUGUGCAGCGACAGUGGGUCUAUCUCGAAGGCAUCUUCAGCGGCAGCGCAGAGAUUCGUCACAUUCUCCCCGUCGAAAGUUCACGAUUCCAGAACAUCAAUACGGAGUUCCUCGCCGUCAUGAAGAAAGUCUACAAAUCGCCUUUCAUCUUGGAUGUGCUCAAUAUCCCAGGCGUUCAGAAAAGCCUUGAUCGACUCGCGGACCUGCUCGGGAAGAUUCAGAAGGCUCUUGGUGAAUACUUGGAGCGAGAGCGGUCAAAUUUCCCUCGAUUCUACUUCGUCGGAGAUGAGGACCUGCUCGAGAUCAUCGGCAACAGCAAAGAUGUUCUGCGCGUGAUGAAGCACCUGAAGAAAAUGUUCGCAGGCAUUGCAACCAUCGAGGUCGACGAGGACAUCACCGAACUUCGCGCCAUGGCCAGCAGAGAGGGCGAGACGGUGCGCUUCAAGUCACCAAUCCUUCUCAAAGAUUACACGAAAGUGAAUGAUUGGUUAGCAAAGAUCGAGAGCGAGAUGCGGGUCUCUCUGUCCUACAAGCUCUCGCAGGCAUACGAGGAUCUGCAGACUUUCUACAGCGCGGAAGAAGGACUAUCGCCAGAGAAGUUCCUGGACUGGAUCGAUGUCUACCCGGCGCAAUUGGUGGUGCUCACUGUGCAAAUCAUAUGGACAACUCUGGUUGAACAGACCUUGAAGGCCGGCCGAGCUUUGGAAGAACCUCUCAACAUCGUCCUUCGCGGGCUCGACAUGCUAGCGGAUACAGUUCUGACUGACGUGCCGAUGCUGAAAAGGCGCAAGUGCGAGCAUUUGAUCACCGAGCUUGUGCAUCAACGCGACGUCAUCAGACUGCUCAUGGCUCAGCAAGUCCAAGAUGAGAAGGACUUUGCGUGGCUCUACCAGAUGCGCUUCUACAUUGACUCGUCAAUAACAGAUCCACUGGACCGCUUGACAGUGCAAAUGGCGCAAUCCGUAUUCCCGUACGGCUACGAAUAUUUGGGCGUCCCUGACCGCCUUGUUCAGACGCCGUUGACCGACAGGUGCUACCUCACCCUCACGCAAGCACUCAACUUCCAGCUCGGCGGUGCGCCCUUUGGACCCGCUGGAACCGGAAAGACAGAGUCGGUCAAGGCGUUGGGCGUCCAGCUGGGCAUGUUUGUCCUUGUCUUCUGCUGUGACGAGACUUUCGACUUCCAGGCCAUGGGUCGUAUCUUCGUCGGUCUCUGUCGCGUAGGCGCGUGGGGCUGUUUUGACGAGUUCAACCGUCUUGAAGAGCGAAUCUUGUCCGCCGUGUCGCAGCAGGUGCAGACAAUUCAGCAUGGCCUAUCCGCUUCUGUUUCGAACCCAAACACUGAAGUGGAACUUGUCGGAAAGAGUGUCAAGAUCAACCCAAGGACGGGCAUCUUCAUCACGACGAACCCGACGUAUGCUGGAAGGUCGCAAUUGCCAGACAAUCUGAAGAAGCUCUUCCGCAACAUGGCGAUGACACAUCCAGAUAGGGAGCUGAUCGCGCAAGUCAUGCUCUUCUCGCAAGGCUUCCGCACGGCAGAAGUCCUUGCAAGCAAGAUUGUUCCGUUCUUCAAUCUAUGCUCAGAGCAACUCAGCCCUCAACCUCAUUACGACUUUGGCCUUCGUGCCCUCAAGUCUGUUCUGGUCAGCGCUGGGCAGCUCAAACGCGAGAAGCUUCUCGCAGGCGCAAGCGACGCCGACCCGGCGCAGCUUGGCCAGUCCGAACAGGAGCUCUUGAUUCAGAGCGUGUCGGAGACCAUCGUUCCGAAGCUCGUAGCGGAUGACGUUCCUCUGCUUACAAGCUUGCUUCAAGACGUAUUCCCAAGCGUGCAGUAUAAACCAGCCGCGCUGGAAAAGCUCAAGGAGCAUAUUGCCGCGGUCUGCGCCGAGCAAAAUCUUGUGAAUGACGGUCUGUGGCUGGACAAAGUCAUUCAGCUUUACCAGAUCCAAAAGAUCUCUCACGGUCUUAUGCUCGUCGGCCCGUCGGGAACUGGCAAGUCUUUGGCAUGGCGCGUGCUGCUCUCCGCGCUGGAAAAGCUGGAAGGCGUCGAGGGAGUGUCGUACGUGAUCGACCCCAAGGCAGUCUCCAAAGAGGCUCUAUAUGGAACGCUGGAUCAGACCACGCGCGAGUGGACCGACGGUCUCUUCACGCAUGUCCUGCGCAAGAUUAUCGACAACGUUCGUGGUGAGAGCGCGAAGCGGCAUUGGAUCAUCUUCGAUGGAGACGUCGAUCCGGAGUGGGUCGAGAACUUGAACAGUGUUCUGGAUGACAACAAGCUUUUGACGCUGCCAAAUGGAGAGCGACUGAAUUUGCCACCAAACGUCCGUAUCAUCUUUGAAGUAGAACACCUCAAGUACGCUACUCUUGCCACGGUCUCUCGCUGCGGCAUGAUUUGGUUCAGCGACGAUAUCGUCACGCCGAGCAUGCUGUAUCACAACUAUCUCAGCAACAUGCGGUCGAUGCUGCUUGGCAACGACGAGGAUGACUCGCUCGGGAUGGCCAAACCGAAGCGCGCGAUCUUAUCGGACGACUCGGAAGUGCCACCCGAAUUGCAAAACCAGCGCGUCAUUGCAGAUGCAAUUGCUCCGUUCUUUGAGGAACAAGGCCUGGUCACCAAGUCUCUCGAUUUCGCCCAAUCGGUCUGGCACAUCAUGGACUUCACUGUGGCACGAGCCCUGAACACUCUGUUCAGCCUUUUGAACAAGACGGUUCGGAAUGUUCAAGAGUACAACCAGGACCACGCGGAUUUCCCUCUGACCAAGGAGCAGAUCGAAAGUUAUGCCGUCAAGAGGCUUCUCGUCGCUAUCGUCUGGGCCUUCGCAGGAGACUCAAAGCUUGAUAUCCGUGCCGAAAUGGGCGAUUUCAUUUCCUCUCAGGCUGGUAUCGACUUGCCGCCGGUCGGACCUGGCGGCUCACUCAUUGACUUUGAGGUGCAGAUUGCUGGGUCCGAAUGGUACCCCUGGCAAACUAAGGUGCCAACAAUCGAAAUCGAGAUGAGUGCGGUCCUUGCUUCCGACAUUGUGAUUCCGACCAUGGACACCGUCCGACACGAAGAGGUCUUGUACUCAUGGCUAUCAGAACACAAGCCGCUUAUGCUGUGCGGACCGCCGGGCUCGGGCAAGACGAUGACGCUGUUCAGCGCCCUUCGAAAGCUGACAGAUAUGGAGGUCGUCGGUCUCAACUUCUCCAGCGCGACCACGCCAGAGCUGAUCCUCAAGACAUUCGAGCAGUAUUGCGAGUACCGCAAAACCCCCAACGGCGUGAUUCUUUCCCCGCAACAGAUUGGACGCUGGAUUGUCGUCUUCUGCGACGAGAUCAAUCUCCCUUCAACGGACAAGUAUGGCACACAACGUGUUAUCUCAUUCCUUCGACAGCUGGUGGAAUGCGGCGGAUUUUGGAGAACAUCGGACAAGGCCUGGGUGCGAUUGGAGCGCAUUCAAUUUGUUGGCGCGUGUAACCCGCCUACGGAUCCAGGUCGUGUGCCUCUAAGCCACCGAUUCCUGCGGCAUGCGCCUCUGGUCAUGGUUGACUAUCCGGGUGAAAUUUCGCUCAACCAAAUCUAUGCCACCUUCAACCGAGCCAUGCUCAAGGUUACGCCUAAUCUGCGCGGCUUUGCUGAACCGCUCACAGCAGCCAUGGUCGACUUCUAUCUGGCCUCGCAAAAUGAGUUCACACCAGAUCGGCAAGCACAUUACGUCUAUAGUCCGCGUGAGCUUACGCGCUGGACAAGGGGCAUCUACGCUGCCAUUCAGCCCCUUGACACUCUCAAUGUGGAGGGUCUUGUGCGUGUCUGGGCACACGAAGGCCUGCGCCUGUUCCAGGACCGCCUGGUCACUGAAGAGGAGCGCCAGUGGACCAAUCAAAAGGUCGAUGAGAUCGCCAUGAAACACUUCCCGACAAUCGAUCAGCUGGAGGCACUCUCACAACCGAUUCUGUUCAGUCCUUGGAUGUCAAAGCAUGUGGUCUCUGUCUCACGCGACUCUCUCCGCAACUAUGUUAGUGCUCGCCUCAAGCUCUUUGCUGAGGAAGAGCUCGACACAUCGCUUGUCCUCUUCGACGGCGUCUUAGAUCUUGCAUGCAGCAUCGACAGGAUCUUGCGACAGCGACAAGGCCACGUUCUCAUGCUCGGCCUCUCGGGUAGCGGACGUACCACGCUUUCGCGCUUUGUUGCUUGGAUCAACGGUCUGAGCAUCUUCCAGAUCGCCACAAGCAACAAGUAUGGCAUGGCUGAAUUCGACGAAGACUUGCGCGAGCUGCUCAGGAGGGUGGGCUGCAAUGGAGAGAAGGUGUCAUUCAUCAUUGACGAGUCGCAGGUCAAGGAUCCCGCCCAACUGGAGAGGAUGAACACACUUCUUGCCAACAAUGAGGUCCCUGGUUUGUUCGAAGGUGACAAUGCAGCUGCGUUGCUCACGGCUUGUAAAGAAGGCGCGCAGAGGGAUGGCCUCAUGCUCGACUCUCCCGAGGAACUCCUCAAAUGGUUCUCCAGCGAGAUUUCGAAGAACUUGCAUGUGACCUUUACGAUGAAUCCACCUUCGGCCGGCAUGGGCUCGCGUGCCGCAGCCUCACCAGCUUUGUUCAAUCGUUGUACGCUCCUGUACUGUUGGUGAACAAUGCCACUUUGCUGUCGCUAAUUCUACAAGUUGAUGCAAUUCAAA